AUGGCAGAUCGCUGGUGGCGAAUUCAAUCAUCAUUGCUGAACAACAGUGUUCUGUUUGCUUUCAUCCUCUACACUGACAAAACCCAUUUAACCUCAUCUGGACAUGUGAAGGCAUACCCAGUAAUCACCCAUUGUGCGAAUCUUCCUGUUCACAUAAGAAAUGGUGAUGGAAUCGGAGGAGGCCAUGUGGUUGGCUGGCUACCAAUUGACCCUACAGAUUCUAGCGAGGAUGGCAAGCUCAGCUACACAAAUCUCAAACAUGUCAUCUGGCAUGCAGCAUUCAUUAAGUUGUUGGAGUCCAUCACCCCGUACCCCAAAACAGGGUUUGCACAUAUAUGCUUUGAUGCUGUCAUGUGGUGGUUAUACCCACUAAUUCUACUUCUAUCUGCAGAUUACGAAGAACAGGACCGUGUUGCUGGAGAAGCAGUACUGAAGGCACAUGGCUUACGUCCUGUUGUGAAUGCGCUCUGGGGAGUUGAGAACUCUAAUCCUCAUGAGACACUCUCGUUUGAUCCCUUACAUGUCAAUAAUAUCGGUAACUGGGGCACCCACUUUUUUGAGGAGCUCAAAAUAUGUGUGAAGGCUCUCGGUCGUGAAGCUGAGGCAAAGAUUGAUGAACAUGAUGGCAACAAACUUAGGGAUAUCGCUAAGCAAAUGCUGUAUGCAGCACAAAACAUAUUGACAGACAAUGAAGAUACUGUUGGCUAUGCGCUGUUGCAGUGUAUAGCCAGCUACCUACAACUGACCAUGUACAUAAUGCUUGAUGUGCACACCAAAGCCACACUUGCUGCUGGAGAAGCGGAGCUUCUAGUGUUCAAAACGCACCUACAUAACUGGAAAUUUCCGAAGGUGCAUGCCCUGACGCAUGCUUUCCCUGACAUCUGCACAAAAGGAGCAGCACGCAACUUCAGUACUCGACCGAAUGAGAAGCAACAUGGACCAUUGAAGCGAGCAUACUUGCGUCAAAUGAAUCAUAAAGAUGUUGUCAAUCAGGUCCUCAAGCUUGAUCAUAUCAGUGUAGUUUCUGAAUUGGUCCGCAGUCAUAUUUCCCACCUCGAUGAAGAUCAGUGCAAAUGCACGAUGUCACAGGGAGAACUCGAAGACAAUGAUACACUAGAUGAUCAGCCAUUUUUGGGCCAUCCCCACGUCAGUGCUCCUCAAAUUCCUGUCACUCUCGCUGCAGUGGAGGAAGGCAACACAUCAAACCGCGCAUUUCAGGAUUUCCGAAAGAAGUUCACGAAGUUCCUCAAUAAUUUCAUUGUUUCAAACAACAUUCCUUUGGAUGGUGUUACGUGGUUGCGGCCUACAGCUAACGAUAAACUUCAAGAAUAUUGCUACCUCAAAGUAAACUACGAGUCUACUGUCGACUGGAGACUGACCACUGACUAUCUCCAAUGUAAUCCGAGCUUCCAUGGGUGUGAACAUCGUGAUUGCGCCAUGAUAUGGACCCUAGACAAGGAUGGGAAUGACAAGAAUAUCUUUGUCCGGAUAUUGUUCAUGUUCAAGUUUACGGUCAGCAAUCACACUUUUGAACUUGCAUUAGUCCUACCCAUGGAUGCUCCCACUGGUUCAAGACAAAGCACGGAUCACGAUCUGGGACUAACUCGUCUUCAGGCACGACCUCUAGCUUCAUUGGAAUUUAUUUCCUUACAAUCUAUCAUUUGUGGCGCUUUAUUGGUGCCAGAUUAUGAUUCCAAUGGUGAUUUUUUCCUUGUCAAUCUUGUAGACACAGAUAUGUUCCUCCAUGCGAAGAGUUUGAGGUCUAGGUAG